AUGUUGUCACAUUUCUGUUUUUACGCAGAGGCUGCCUCCUUGUUCGCCAAUCCUUCUUCCACAAUGAGAGAAAGUACUUGCCAAUCCUUCUUCCACAAUGAGAGAAAGUACUUUACCGAUAUCGGUGAAGGAGUUGACUGUUGCAAAGGAUUCCACUCAAGCUUCAGAACUACUCAGGGAGGCUUAUCCCUCAAUAUUGAUAUUUCUAGUACGAUGAUAGUACACCCUGGUCCUGCUAAAAGUACUCUCAAGAAUCUUCGAGUUAAAGUCAGCCCCUCAAAUCGAGAAUACAAGAUAACCGGACUAAGUGAAAAACUCUGCAAAGAUCAAACCCGAAGCGUCCAACUUACAUACCCAUUGAGCACUGUGAACUUGUUUCUCUACAAGAGGAGUAACCUAGUCAAAGAAUCAAGACAGAAGCCACAAGAAAAAAUGAAUGUGUUAUCCAGAGCUCUGAAGAACAGUAACUAUAACAAUGAUCCAAUGCUGCAAGAAUGCGGAGUUAGAAUUGGCUCUGACUUCACUCAAGUGGAAGGCCGCGUAUUACCAACACCGAAGCUAAAAGUGGGCAGUGAAGCUGACCUUUUUCCUAAUAAUGGGCGUUGGAAUUUCAAUAAUAAGACACUUGUUGAGCCAGCGAGGAUUACUAAAUGGGUCGUUGUGAACUUCUCUGCUCGUUGUAACUCACACAAGAUUGUUUCUGAUUUGAUCAGAGGUGGAAAGAUGAAAGGAAUUAACAUAGAUCCUCCAUGUAAUGUCUUUCAAGAGGAUCCCAAGUUUAAGGAAGCACCUGCUUUUGUAAGAGUAGAGAAGAUGAUUGAACAUAUAAAACCCAAACUCCCAGGGAAACCUCAAUUCCUUCUUUGCUUCCUCGCAGAAAGGAAAAGCUCUAAUGUUUAUGGUCCUUGGAAAAGGAAAAUUCUUGUUGAAUCUGGAAUUGUGAAUCAAUGUAUUGCUCCUCCUGCUAACGCCCAUGUGAACGAUCAAUAUCUCACCAAUGUUCUCCUUAAGAUAAAUGCCAAGCUUGGUGGAUUGAAUUCAGUGUUAGCUAUUGAGAGGUCUCGGCCAAUGCCUUCGGCAAUGAGAGUUCCAACCAUGAUUAUUGGGAUGGAUGUAUCUCAUGGUUCUCCAGGGCAAUCUGUUGUACCAUCUAUUGCCGUGGUUGUGAGCUCCAGAGAAUGGCAAUUAAUCUCGAAAUACAGAGCUUGUGUACGUACACAAUCGCCUAAAGUUGAAAUGAUUGAUAAUCUCUUUAAACGCAUCUCUGAUGUAGAUGAUGAAGGUAUCAUGAGGGAGCUCUUGCUUGAUUUUGAGUCAAGUUCUAGAGUGAAACCAAAUCACGUUAUCAUUUUCAGAGAUGGUGUGAGUGAGUCUCAGUUUAACCAAGUUCUUAAUAUUGAACUGGAUAAGAUGAUGCAAGCGUGCAAGUUCUAUGAUGAGAAAUGGGAUCCCAAGUUUACAGUGAUCAUUGCUCAGAAAAAUCACCACACCAAGUUCUUCCAGACAAGAAGCCCUUAUAAGAAUGUUCCUCCAAGAACAAUAAUUGACAACAAGAUAUGUCACCCGCGCAACAAUGAUUUCUAUCUUUGUGCUCAUGCUGGAAUGAUUGGAACUAUUAGGCCAACGCAUUACCAUGUUCUAUACGAUGAGAUUGGAUUUUCGGCUGAUGACCUCCAAGAACUUGUCCAUUCUUUAUCCUAUGUCUACCGGAGGAGUACAACUGCCAUCUCUGUAGCUGCGCCUAUUUGUUAUGCACAUUUGGCAGCUGCACAAAUGGAAACUGUGAUGAAGUUUGAAGACAUGUCUGAGACGAUUUCAUCAAGCCAUGGCGGGAUGCCGAUGGAUGGACCAGUCCAUGUGCCUCCAAUGCCGAAGCUGCACCCGGAUGUUGCUACUUCAAUGUACUUCUGUCAAAGGAAACGUUCGGUCCACAAUAGCUAUGAAAAUUCCCGUAGACUUUAA